CCGUCAUGACGUCAGUGGAGAAGCGCCCCUGGUCGCGCAUGGAGCGCGUGCUGACGCGCCAUCUUCCCAGCCCCGGCUUUCUUUCCUACUGAGAACACGUUGUUAGAGGUGGGAGCUCGGGAAAGCCGCGUUACCGGCGCAACAGCAACCGCCAGGGAGCCGUCGUGGGACCGAGCUUCGUCGUUUUAUCUGUCUCGGAGAGCUCUCCACCCCUUUCGUCCUGAGAAAAUUAUCUGCCCUGCCAGGCGGUGAAGGAGUGAGAGGAUGUCAGACAAACCGACCCGUAUCGCCAUCGUAAACCAUGACAAGUGUAAGCCCAAGAAAUGCAGACAGGAGUGUAAGAAGAGCUGUCCCGUGGUCCGCAUGGGUAAGCUCUGCAUUGAGGUGACACCUCAGAGCAAGAUUGCAUGGAUUUCUGAAUCCCUCUGCAUUGGAUGUGGUAUCUGCAUUAAAAAAUGCCCGUUUGGUGCUCUGUCUAUUGUCAACCUGCCAAGCAACCUUGAAAAGGAGACAACGCACAGAUAUUGUGCCAACUCUUUCAAAUUGCACCGGUUGCCAAUUCCGAGACCCGGUGAGGUUUUGGGGCUGGUGGGCACCAACGGCAUUGGGAAAUCGACGGCGUUGAAGAUCCUGGCGGGAAAACAGAAGCCGAACUUGGGGAAGUACGACGCUCCCCCAGAUUGGCAGGAAAUCCUCACCUAUUUCCGAGGCUCCGAGCUGCAGAACUAUUUCACCAAGAUUCUGGAGGAUGACCUGAAGGCCAUCGUCAAGCCCCAGUACGUGGACCAGAUUCCCAAGACUGUCAAGGGAAGCGUGGGGUCGAUUCUGAGCAGGAAGGACGACACUAAGACCGAAGACGUGGUCUGCGACCAGCUUGAUCUGACUCACCUGAGGGACAGGAACGUGGAGGACCUUUCUGGAGGGGAGCUACAGCGAUUCGCCUGUGCCGUGGUUUGCAUCCAGAAGGCCGACAUCUUCAUGUUUGACGAGCCGUCCAGUUAUUUGGACGUGAAGCAGCGUCUGAAGGCUGCCAUCACCAUCCGGUCCCUCAUCACCCCAGACAGGUACAUCAUUGUUGUGGAACAUGACCUGAGCGUGUUGGACUACCUGUCUGAUUUCAUCUGCUGCCUGUAUGGGGUGCCCAGCGCAUACGGAGUGGUCACCAUGCCCUUCAGCGUCCGUGAAGGUAUUAACAUCUUCCUGGACGGCUACGUUCCCACGGAGAACCUGCGCUUCCGCGAGACGUCGUUGGUGUUCAAGGUGGCCGAGACGGCCAACGAGGACGAGGUGAAGAAGCUGUGUCGGUACCAGUACCCCAACAUGAACAAGGCCAUGGGGGACUUCACGCUGGCGAUUAUAGGGGGGGAGUUCACAGACUCGGAGAUCAUGGUCAUGCUGGGGGAGAACGGAACCGGCAAGACGACGUUCAUCAGGAUGCUAGCGGGCCGCCUUAAGCCAGAUGAUGGAGGGGAAGUUCCCAUCUUGAAUGUCAGCUACAAACCGCAGAAGAUCAGCCCCAAGUUCAAAGGAAGCGUCCGCGCGCUGCUGCACGAGAAGAUCCGCGACGCCUACACUCACCCGCAGUUCAUCACGGACGUCAUGAAGCCCAUGCAGAUCGACAGCAUCAUUGACCAGGACGUUCAGAACCUGUCCGGCGGAGAGCUGCAGCGAGUGGCCCUGGCUCUGUGUCUGGGCAAACCAGCUGACGUCUACCUGAUCGACGAGCCGUCCGCCUACCUGGACUCUGAACAGCGUCUGAUGGCCGCCCGGGUCAUCAAGCGGUUCAUCCUCCAUGCGAAGAAGACCGCCUUCAUUGUAGAGCACGACUUCAUCAUGGCCACCUAUCUAGCCGACCGCGUCAUCGUGUUCGACGGCAUCCCGUCCAAGUGCACCACCGCCAACACGCCUCAAACGCUGCUUGCCGGGAUGAACAAGUUCCUGUCACAGCUCGAGAUCACUUUCAGAAGAGACCCCAACAACUUCCGACCGCGGAUCAACAAAAUGAACUCCAUCAAGGAUGUGGAGCAGAAGAAGAGCGGCAACUACUUUUUCUUGGAUGACUAGGCGUCUCCGGUGCUCACGGUUUUACAGUAACUGCCACACUAUUGCAUCACGGUGCAGCCCUGGUCGCCCUUUGGAUCACACUGUCCACCCACCCCGCUCCUAUGUUUGCGGCUCAAAUCUGCCCUGCCGUUUACGGCAGCGACGGGAAGGACGGUCAGCGGGAGUCAUGACCCUUAAUUUUAAGUCAGAAUCUUAUGAAUAAAACCAACUUUCUGAACUCCUUUUUUUUUUUAUCCCUUUAAAAUGGUCAAAUGAGGUUCGGAGACAUUUAUUCUGUUGCAGUAAGAGUUAUGGGAACAUAUGAAUACAGAAUAAAAGGAAAUAUAUAUAUGUAUUGAUGUAUCUGAGCAUUUCCCCAAGAGUAACCUUAAGUAAAAUUUACUUUGCUAUGUUUUAUGUUAUAAUUUUCUGUUGGAAAUCACCUGCGCGAGAAUGGAAAUUUUAAAACUAAAAGAAAAACAUCCAGCACUGCAACACCUGUUACUCGCUCACAUUGGAAUAUUUGACAAAUAUGAUAAAUAUUUGUACCAAAGAUGGUGUCCAUCCCAAGGUGACCUCCUGCUCGAUAAAUGUCACAAACUGAACUCGGCGUUAAAGGUCUUUCCAGACCAUGAUCAGCUGCAAUGUUAUUCUGUCACCGGGAACCAGGCAAAGAUUUUCAUUUUCAAAAAAAUAAAAAAUACAGCUCUCAA